AUGAGAAGACAAGAAGAAGAAGAUCCCAGCACCACAGAUAAUAACGAUAACACAAAACAAGAAGAAGGACAAGUUUCUGUUUCUGACAUGUCAGCAAAAUCUGCAGCUAUGGACAAAGUGGCAGCGGCGGCGCUCCGAUCUGUGCUUCAGCAUGUGACUCAAGCAGCAGAGAAGGCAGAAAAAGCACCCCAGUUGCCAGAGGAUAUAGAGUGGCAUUUCAUUGGGAAUUUGCAGAGCAAUAAAGUGAAACCUUUACUGGCUAGUGUGCCAAACCUUGAUAUGGUAGAGAGUGUGGAUGAUGAAAAGUUGGCACUUGAAGGAAAAGCUCGUACAAUUGUUCCAAUGUGGAGCAAACAUUGGCAAACUGCAGAAGUAAGGUUUGCAAGGCCCUUGGUAGUUGGUAUACCAGAAGAGCAGUGCGAGCCCUCAAUGGGAAUGUCUAAUGACUUUGAGCAAGCUAUCAGAAAUAAUAGAAGCUUAGAAAUUUUUUUGGAGAGAGGAGAGUCAAAAGAUCAAGACAAAUUUGGAGAUAGAGAUGUUGAAGCCAUCGACAUCUUUGGCGGAGAAAUAUAUACAUAUAUAGAUUGGAUGCCGUAA